AUGGCGCCUAUGUAUAACUCUGGCUGGGCCAAGUUGGACAAGUACUACCGGCUCACUGAUGAAUCGCCUGCCUACGUUGCCGCUAUCGUGCUCCACCCUUUGCAUAAAUGGCACUACAUACAGGAGAACUGGAAAAAGGAGUGGGUUGAGUCGUUAAAGAAGUUGAUGGAGACGCUGUGGAAUGACUAUAAACCCGUGGAAUCACCUCUUCCUCUCUGCGAGGUCCCAUCGAAAACCACGAACGAGUUCUUGAACUGGAGGAACAAGCACCUGCAGCCGUCGCUCGUCACGGAUGAAUAUGAACGAUAUUGCAACUCUGAACGGGUUUACGGGUUCACAAGCGCCCUUGCAUAG